GACGUCUCCCUGAUCUGCAGUACGCCCUCUGACCUCAGCAGCGCCAGUGGUGGGGUCAUCUUCAUGUGGAUCACACCGAAUGGGAACAAGACUUUGUCAGCCAAUCGCUGACCCUGUUGCGGCUGACGUUUGCUGACGCCGGUGCAUACAGCUGCGCCGUCACCUACAGAGGAGUCGCGUCGGAUCGCAGCGCCGACUACACUCUUCGAGUUGUCCCCCCGGCACCUGUAGUCAGCGGUGCGGCGGUUGCGACUCAAAGCUCUAGUAUUACCUACACCUGCACUACGACUUUCACCUCUACACCCUCGACUCUGACGUAUGAAUGGUACAAAGACACCAGCCUCCUUACCGGCAGUACCUCUGCGAACUUCAUCAUCUCUCCUGUCGUCUUCAUCAGCGCGGGGGCUUACAGCUGUAUGGUCACUGCCAAUGGAGUGAAAUCGGACUUCAGUCAGCCACUCACCUUGACAGUGAAGCCUCUGACGCCGACUGUGACAGCAGAAAGCAGCCUGCCAGUUCCGGAGGGAGGCAAUGUCUCCAUUACAUGCAGGACUGCCUCCGAGAAGCUGAUGACCGCCAUCGCGGCCUUCACCUUCUACGACCCCAGUGACGUCAUCGUCGCAGCGAACGUCAGUAAUAAGACAUUUACCUUGACUAGCAUGACCCUGGCACGUGCGGGCAACUACAAGUGCAAGGUCAUCUACGACAGAGUUUCUUCCGACGUCAGCACCACCCCGCUGCUGGUGACAGUGAAGCCUGCGCAGCCCACGGCGCAGACGACCGCAGUGCUUCCGGUGGAGGAAGGUCAGAGUUUGACGCUGUCGUGCCAGACGUCGUCCACCAUGCCUGCCGGCGGAGUCGUCGCCUACUCGUGGAGACAGCCUGGUGGCAGUGUCAUCGCCGGGGCUGUCAGUGCCACCUACACGCUGUCCGAUGUCAACUUCGCGAAGGCUGGAGGCUACCAGUGCCAGGUGUCGUACAACGCCCUGCCAUCCGACUAUAGUGCCGUGCUGACCGUCACAGUGAAGCCAGCAACCCCUUCUUUGAGCGGACUGUCUGCAGGACAGGCGAGCUCGUCGUUGUCGCUCACCUGCAGCUCUCCUCUGUGGACUUCAUUGUCUUGGUGACGUCCCCCGGUGAGACGGUCAUCAAGAACCAGACCAGCAACACGCUGACCUUCUUACCUCUGAAGCUCAGUGAUGGAGGACGCUACAAGUGUCGUGUAUCCAAAGCUGGAGUGGACUCCGCCUACA